AUGGCAGAAAAAUCGUCCGUUGGGAGCGAUCCAGCGGCUCUGAAUCCCCCUUCCGCGACCUCUCCUGUUGGAGAGACAUCUGCACCGACCACAGCGACUUCAAAGUUGAAAGGCCCAAGGAAGAGAACAAAGACGGGCUGUUUGACGUGUCGAAAAAGAAGGAUAAAGUGUGGAGAGGAGAAGCCUAGGUGUAAUAAUUGCAUUAAGUCCAAACGAGAGUGCGAAGGCUACGGCCAGCGUGUCGUCUUUAGAGACCCGGUUGGACCUAUUCCUCACCUAGGUCCGAUCAGCUCAUCCCAGAAUUUGACAGGAUCCGGCCAGAGAUCCUUAAACCGCCACCUGGUGCAGGGUUUCCAACAUGGAGAACAAACGGGCACACGGCCUUUCCUACCUCUGGCACCCCGACCAUCUGGUUAUGGACCGGAUUCUGACACGUUUGUGAGACAUGACUUUACGCAGCAUAUUGGCCCUCAGUCCGGACUCUCACCAUCAAUCCGCGAGGAAGACCCGUAUUCAUGGAAUGCGAUCCACUAUGCCCAGCCGCAGCCAUCGGCUGUACAGGGCUUCUCCCAAAGUGGACAGGAUCCUGGAAACCCCCAGUUUAACCCAAAUUACCACCCUGGAGCGGCAGUUAUUAGUCAAAGUAUGCCACAGAACACGGAAAGCUACCAACCUCUUGGUCCCCAGGUGGUUCACCAUCCACAGUUCGUUUCUUCUUCUCUCUAUAUGGAUAAUACGUCUCUAUCAACUACCGAUUCUGGACAAUGUAUGGAUAGCAGCCACUAUAUCUCAUCGGAACUAGGUUUUGGUUCCAGUAUGAACCAUGGACCCCGGCAUGCGACUGAAAUGGAACCUGAGGUUGACCUUGGGGCCGAAAGCGACGAUUUAUACGAUGUUGAAACGGACGAGGAAUUGGAACAAUCGAAGAGGACCAUGCACCUUGAUCCAUACGGAAAUACUGCAACGAUGAUACCUUAUCAAUUGAUGUCCAACGUUGGCCCAUUUUCUACUUACCAGAGCUACGAAAACGUCUUGACAACUUACUCACCAUCUCCUCUUGCGUCUCCUCUCCUAGACCCGCAGCAUUUCCAAAUUUUUCACCACUUUUUGACAGUUGUAGGACCUUCAAUAUCCAUAUUUGAGAGGCAUCCUUUCAUACCCUCAGUGUCAAUGUCUAGCGGACCCGUACCCCCCGAGCAACAAAGCCUGUGGACCUACACCCUUCCAACUAUGGCACUGGAGAACCAGGGGUUGCUGCAAGCAAUGUUGGCCUUUAGCUGUUUUCAUAUUGCAAAGACGACCAAUCAACCCCUCACUGCAUCUUUCCGCCACUACCAUUAUGCGUUGCGACGGGUUGGCAGGGCAGUUGGGCUACCCCAGCGUCGGAAACAAAUCCCCACGCUAGCCGCCACGCUUUUACUAGGAUUCUACGAAGUCAUGGGCGCCGAACAUCGUAAAUGGAAUAGCCACUUAGCUGGCGCCGCACAUCUAAUCCGAGAUAUCGAUUUCGCCGCGAUGACCCGCGAUAUUCGGGCAAUGAGAAUGAGAGCUAGAUCGGAACAAUGGCUGUCACAUUCACGAGAUACGUGGAUGGAGUCUACGGUGCCAUAUUUGGGAAGUUAUUUUGAGAACGACAUAUUUGCGCCCUAUGAAUCUGACCUUGAUAUGUCUCUGAUCAAUACAUUAACGGGAAAGGCAAUAAAUUAUGAUGAAUUCGGCCGAGUUGACAUCGAUACCUCGAAAAAUCCAAAACGCGACUUAACGGCUAAGGACGUGGAAGACUACAGAGUGCGGUGCGACCUGUACUGGUGGUAUUGCAAGCAAGAUGUAUUUUAUAGCAUGGUCAGCGGAAAUGCGCUACUGUUUCCGCACGGCCGAUGGGGCGAAUGCCCACCGAGAGCUGGCGUAGGCAAACUUGAUGCAGCUUACGGCUCCAUGGAUCACUUGAUUCUGCUCCUUGCACGGAUCAGUACUUUCGUCGCCAAAGACAGGAAAAGGAAGCUCAAGGUGAUCGACGCAAAUGGUGGGGAGUGGCGGCCUCCACCAAACCUCUUCCCAGGGAUGGGUGGUGCUGGACAGCAACCUAAUAAAGGCCCUCAAUCAGCGUUUCCGCAGAUGCAGACCGGCGAAAGACCAUCUGCGCCGAAACGCGAGACCAGCCCACCUAUGUAUGGCAUGGUUCCACCGUCUGGCCCUAUUCGACUUCCAUCAGCAUUUGGAAACAGCACUUAUCCUUCGCCGCCCUCCCCCAGUGGGUCUGAAGGCAGAACAGACGUAAACUCUUUAACAGCAGAAGCAGAAGCCGAAUGGCAAGAGUUAGUGCAUGCAUCCGAUGAGUUUGAAAAAGCGCUUGCGACUCCUGGAUUCGUUCCCCUGCCGCCCGAUGGCGCACCGCUCACUGCAAGCCCAUUCGGCCCAGCCAUACAAUAUCGCACACACAUUGUAGCGUGCAUUUGGGCAUUUUACUAUGUCGCCCGAAUUAUCCUUGAGAGAGGCCAUCCAGCCAUGCCUCCCGCAACGAUGGUCGCCGCCGGCGUAGCAGCGCCCCGUACCGCGCGCUAUGCACAACUUAUUGGGCGAGUUACGGCUGGAGUUCCCCACCUCCAACAGGCUGGAGUUAAUACGCCUAACCUUCAUCCCACGACCGUUGGUGUGCUGAACGAACUCAUGCUUCCCUUAUUUUUUGCUGGAGUGCAGUACUCCGAUCCAGCCCAGCGCACCUGGACCAUCACCAAGCUACUCGAAAUUGCACGAAUUACAGGCGGAACAUCCGCCGCCCUCGUGGCUUCGGGCUGUGAAAAGUCCUGGGUCAAGGCGUAUGAGGUGGGCCGAGGGCCACCUUAUAAACGAACGGUGUUUCCUGAACAAGGGCAGCAGAAUUUACAAGGAAAUAUUUCCGAAUCGCGCGAGGAUAGGAGAUUUGUCACCCUUCCGGAGCAGCCGAUGGUAACUUUCGCUAUGGGCUUGUUAUCCCUUGACGAGAAUUUGAAAGGCCGGGAACUGGAUUGAGAACAAAAAGAAAAACCAGCAAGAUUCAAAGUCAUAUCUGCGGGCUUGCAAGCGCCAGGUUGGUCUUUGAUAUACCCAUAUUUGAGACCGCAAGAGCACAAAUCUCCGCCCCGCAAUCAAUGACCCGAAUUGCCCGCGUCUUAGAUCGUCGCACAACGGUCUACCCGUUUACAUAUGGCCAAGCACACAGAGAACAACUCAAUUCGAAAUUUUGAUUUCAAUCGGAUAAGGGAGAAAGAAUGGAAAGGAGUCCAGGUUUCGGAAUUUCUCGUUGUCUAUAUAUACCUCAAUUUCACUUGUCAAAGAUGGGUUCACAAAGGGGGAAUUUACACGGAAUCAUGUUGUGAUGGCAUUGUAAGGGUUCUCUGGAAAGAGCGGGCUCUUGAUAUUGGGAUUGGGUUUUCACAUACAUCUGCAUUGUUUGGAAUAUCGCCGACUGCGGUAUUCGAGUGCGAUGCUGCCUAUGAUCCGGACAGAGUAAUUUUUCUCUUUUAUCGGAAGCCGUAUCAGGAUGCAUGAUCACAUUGCUGCCUGUAGCUACUGUACAAUAGUAGGUGCAAUGUAGUAAUACUACGUUGGAAUUAGCUAAAA